AUGGAGCUAAACUUAAAUCUAGAGAAAAGACGUGAUCAUUUAGAUGAUCUUCUAAAGGCAUAUUAUGGAGAAUCUGAAGAGGUUGAAAAGUCAGAGGAAAAUGACAUAAAUAAUAUGAAUAAGAAAGAAAUAAUAGAUAUUUUAGCAGAUAUUGACUUUAGAGACAGAAGUCUUGAUAUUAACUCUGUAUUUAGUGGAAUAAUUAAAACAAGAAAUUUGAAAGAUUUGCUUUAUAUAGCUAAUGAACUAUCUGAAAAUAUAAGAAAGUAUGACACAGAUAUGCAACUACUUUUAUAUACAAAUUAUACAAAAUUUAUGGAUAGUACUAAUAUUUUGAAAUCUUUAGAUGGUGAUCUAUCAAGUAUACCUGAUUGUGUUUACAAGCUAAAUAGUCAAGUUCAACAAGUGAAACAACCAAUGGAAAUACUUACGAAAGAGCUAUUUAAUAAUUAUGAGAUGCAAAAGUUAAAUAAAAUAUCAAUAAUUAGAAAGUGUAUAGAUGUUUUAGACAGUUUGAAAUUUAUGGAACAGCUUUUAGAGAGUUAUUACUUAAAUGAGGAAUAUAACAAAAUAUUAUCAUUAUUCAGAAAGUGGAAAGAUGUUCUAUUGAACCUUUCAAAAGAUUCAAAGAUAUAUUUGAAGAUACUAGAAACAUGUAAUGACUUUUUUGAAAGAGCUAUAGUAGCACUUAAAACCCGUCUUAUAGGAAAAUGUUUUACUGGAAAUAAGUCAAUACAAAAUGAAAAUAAUACUGAGAAUAAUAUUGAAUGUGAGAAAUAUUUAGAGGAUCCAAGUAAUGAAGAAAUAUUGGAUUGCUGUAGAAAAGCAAUAGAUGCAUAUAUAUCACUCGGAGAUGAGAAGUACAUAUUUACAGAUGAUUUGUACAAAAAUAUAAUUUAUCAAUUUGAUUGCAUAUCAUCUAAUAUUAUCCUAGAGAUUCAAAGAAAGAUAUGUAAUAUUAAUGAUAUAAAUGAGGAUUUUGAGGAUUCAAGCGAAGAUAUUGAAAAAGUCAAUAAUCAAACAAAAAAUAUAAUAAAUGAAAUUGAGAGUAUAAAUAUGGAUAAAAUAAAAGUUAUAGAAGAUUGUCAAGUUAUUAAUAACAAUUAUAGAUCAAAUUAUAGCUUGGAUGGUAAUGAUAUAUCAAAUAAUAUUGAUAGACCAAAUUUAUUUAUUAUUGGAUGUGAAAAUUUUAGGAAGGGAAUAAUGGAACCCUUAAUAAGUAUAAUAGAGAUUUUGUUAAAUAAGGGCUUGUUAGAUUUAGCUUCAGUUAUAUUAAAAUAUUGUUUACAAGAAAUAAUGACUAAUUCAAUUCAAGCAUUAUGUAAUGUAAUAUUAAUUAGAAAUAGAAAUGAUUUGAAAAUUGCAAUUUCAUCUGUAAUAUAUGGGUUUAACUAUUUGAAAGAAUCAAUUGAAAAUAUAAUAAGAACUAUAAAUGAUAUACAUAUUUCUAAUAUAAGUGAAUGUAUAGAGGAAACACAAAAUAGAACUAAUAAACAAGAAGAGUUGAAUUUUAAUGAUACUUCUAAAUAUUUAAAUAGGCAGAAAUUAACUAAACAGAUAACAAAAACUUAUAUUGAUUGGUGUAAAUAUGUAAUAAACGAAGUUAUAUCUACUAGUAGCCAUUUAUAUUUUACUAAUAAUAUCUGGGAAGAUUUAUUAAAUAUAUCUACUACAGAAGAUUUAAAAGAUAUUAAAAAUAUAUAUAUAAAAAUUAAUAAAGAAAUUUGUGAUGAAUCUAUAACAUUACGACUAAGUAUGAUUAUCACUGAAUAUGAAACUUUUGGAAUUCUUGAUACUGAUACAACUGAGAACUCUAUUUUAAGAAUUAUAAAGAGAACAUAUCAAGAUAUUAUAGAUAGUUGUAUUGGAAUAAUUUUGAAGUCAUAUAUUACAUCAAUUAAUGAUACAUCAAGGGCUAUUCCUAAUUUAAAUGUUUUAAAAGAAAAAAUAUUGAUUGAACUUGUACAUGAUAAUAAUUUAAAAUAUAAUAAUUCCAAAUCUGUAACAAACAAUUGUGAACAUAGCCCACCAUGGAAUGUUAAUAUAAAUAAUUUAAUAUUUGAAAGACAAUUAGUAUAUUUUCUUUCAAUUUUAUAUUUAUUUUGCUGUAUAAGAAAAAAUUCUCUUUCAAAAGUAGUUAAUUUGUAUAAUCAAACUAUGAAAAUAUUCAUUAAUAAUGCUAAUAAGCAUGAGUAUUCAGAUUUUAAUGAAGAAGAUAGUACUACCCAAGUUAUGACUCUAAUGUUUUCUAAAUAUGAGAUUAUAUUUCUUCAUACUUUUGUACUAUGGAAUAUAUCAAAGUUAACAGAUAAAAUCCAAACAAUAGCACUUAAUACAUCAAGAUUAGAGGAUAUACUUAAAGAUAUUUUAAAACAAUUAUCAAAUAUUAUUGUAUAUACAACAAGUGCAUUUGAAAGUGCGAAUAAAAAUAGUGAAUUAUGUAUUAAAAGUAAUAAUAAUAGAAAAAAAAUUUUCACUACUGAAUUAUAUAUAAAUAAUAGUCAACAAGUACAAAUGCUUGGGAAAUGGGCUAUAUCAAGGCAAAUUUUUAAAAAUAUAGAUCUUGAUAAUACAAAACUUGUAAAUAAACAUUGCUCAUACUGGAUUAUUUGUAUUGUUAAUGGAUUUCUAAUUGAAUCUAUAAAUUAUUUAAAAAGUGUAAAUAUUUUAUUUGAUAUUUCACUAAUUCAGGGUGAAAUUGAAUCUUUCUGGGUCUUAAUUAAACAGUACUUAUCUCAUCAAGAAGAAUUUACUGUUACUCAUGCAUUAUACAAUGAAUUUAUAAAUAUGAUUAAAGGUGUAUCUUCUAACUUAUAA